UAUUUAUGAUAGAGUUUUAAUCUAGAAAAAAAGAUGACAAUUUUUCAACAAAAAGGAACAGAUUAUACAACUACUAAUAACGAGAUGGUUCAGACAUCAUCAACACUGUCUAGUGAUCCAGUUUAUUUUGUACGCGAUCCAUCUAGUUUUAAAAAAACAACACAUGAAAGAGCUGCCUCAGUAAAAUUGAAACUAGAACAUCUCUAUAAGGUUGCAGUUGAGCAGACAGUAGAAAGAAAUCAACGAAGAAUUGAUUUUGAGGCAAAAUUGGCAAAGGACCGCGGUUCAGAAGAAAGGAAAAGACGUCAACUUAAUUCUUUAGGACAAAAAGAGUCCCAAUUUCUUCGAUUAAGACGUACACGGUUAUCUCUGAACGAUUUUCAUACUGUUAAGGUAAUCGGUAAGGGUGCAUUUGGAGAGGUAAGGUUGGUGCAAAAAAUAGAUACAGGGAAAAUUUAUGCAAUGAAAACAUUACUCAAAUCAGAAAUGUUCAAAAAAGACCAACUAGCACAUGUCAAAGCGGAAAGGGACGUUUUAGCAGAAUCAGAUUCUCCAUGGGUUGUAUCACUUUACUAUUCUUUUCAGGAUUCACAGUAUUUAUAUUUAAUUAUGGAAUUUCUACCAGGAGGAGAUUUAAUGACUAUGCUAAUCAAAUAUGAUACUUUUUCAGAAGAUGUAACCCGUUUCUACAUUGCGGAAUGCAUUUUAGCAAUAGAAGCAGUUCAUAAGCUUGGCUUUAUUCAUCGUGAUAUAAAACCCGAUAAUAUUUUGAUUGAUAAGACCGGGCAUAUUAAACUAUCUGAUUUUGGUCUUUCUAUGGGAUUUCAUAAAACACACGAUAAUGCUUAUUAUCAGCGACUUUUUGAAAAUAAAAAUACAUCUACACCGACAGAGAAUUCUGUCAUGGUAGAUGCAAUUUUUCUAACAAUGUCUUCUAAAGAUAAAAUUGCAACAUGGAAAAAAAAUAGAAGAAUCAUGGCAUAUAGUACUGUAGGCACACCAGAUUACAUUGCACCAGAAAUUUUUACACAGCAUGGAUAUGGACAAGAAUGCGACUGGUGGAGUCUUGGGGCAAUUAUGUUUGAAUGUCUUAUUGGAUGGCCUCCAUUUUGUAGCGAAUAUGCACACGAAACAUAUAGAAAAAUCAUAAAUUGGAAAGAACAUCUCUAUUUUCCAGAAGAUCUGCAUCUUAGUGCAGAAGCAGAAGACUUAAUUAAAAAAUUAUUAACAUCAGCAGACCAGCGUUUAGGUAGACAUGGUGCAAAUGAUAUAAAAUCCCAUCCUUUCUUUCGCGGAGUAGAUUGGAAUACAAUACGGGAAAUAAAUGCACCCUUUGUUCCACAACUCAAAAGUAUUACAGAUACAAGUUAUUUCGAAGAAAUUGAUAGCGUCCCUGAUAUUCCUAUGAAUUCAAAACCUACCUUUCAAAAUAAAAUACCUUCUGAUAUUGAUCAAAAUUUAGCAUUUGUAGGAUACACAUAUAAACGAUUUGACAUGAUGACACGGAAAGGUGCUUUAUGAAUGUCUAACCUGCAAUAUUACAAAUAAUUUUUAAUCUUUUUUAAAUCACACAUUCUAUUCUUAAGGUAUUAACAAUAGUAAAAUUUUGAUUCAGAAUGUUUUUACUAAUCACAUACUUAAAAAUUAAAUAACACUUCUAAAACUUCAAAAGUUUUCGACAACCUGUCUAAACUUACAUAACUCCAGAAUAAUACCCGUCUUUGUAUAUUUUAUAUCUAU